AUGCACAGGAGCACUACGGCACACUUACUCCUACCGCAAAUUAUGAUGGAACAGGAAGCAGACAUAGCGGUUCUAAGCGAACAGUACGCCUCUCCAAGUGUUGGAUGGUUUAUAGAAGAUCCCUCUUCUACAGAAGCAAUAUGGUGCAAGGAUAACACGAAACUCCAAGUGACGAACAGUGGAACCGGAAACGGGUACGUCUGGAUGAGGAGCCAAUGUCUCACAAUUAUUAGCUGCUACCUUACACCAAGCGAUAAUGGUGCUAACUUCCAAGCUAAAUUGGACAAUAUUGAAGACACAGCUCGCCAAAUAAGCGGGCACACCAUCAUCGCCGGAGACUUUAACUCUAAGGCCAUGGAAUGCGGUAGUCGAACAACAAACCCGAGAGGCCAACGAAUAAUAGACAUGGCCGCUAGACUAGGACUCGCCGUUGCAAACGUGGGCAAUAAAGCUACCUUUCGAAGUCCAGGGUGUGAAGGCACAAUUCCGGACAUAACUCUAGUGUCUGAAAGCUACGCAAGCAAAAUACGUGAAUGGACAGUUCUGGAAGAUUACAAUGGCAGUGACCACCAGUACAUUACCUACUGCGCCGGAGAGACAAACGCUAACGCAACGAAAUGCAUCAAAAGCUCGCGGAAGUGGAAUACAUCAAAACUUGACAAAGCAAAACUUAUAGCUAAAAUUGACGAGGAGCAACCACACCACGAAGAGCCAAGUAGCGCCAGACACAAAGUAGAGAUGACACUGAGAAGGAUAACGCAAGCGUGA